GUGCCCGCGGCGAACGCACGUACGACGACGCGGCGACUUGAAUGUUUUUUUAAAAAAUACCUGUGAACCAGCCGGCGAGUAUAACGUAAUGUCGCCGUGCACCAUGGCAACUUGUGUGGUGGCGCUGCUUGCUCUCUGCAGCGCGCCGGGAGCCGUGUCUUUGGAUCUCAACCGUCUUUAUGGACAUCAUACGAAGCGAUCUGAAUACUGCCAUCCAUACGAGCCGUUCAAGUGUCCCGUGGAUGGCAACUGCAUUUCCAUCCAAUAUUUGUGCGAUGGCGCGCCAGAUUGCAUCGACGGGUAUGAUGAGGACUCCAAGCUCUGCACUGCAGCUAAGCGGCCACCAGUAGAGGAAACAGCGUCUUUCCUCCAGUCGCUGCUCGCGUCGCAUGGCCCGAAUUAUUUGGAGAAGCUCUUUGGCAACAAAGCGAGAGAUGCCUUGGAACCGUUGGGAGGCGUUGAGAAGGUUGCUAUUGCUUUGUCUGAGUCUCAAACAAUUGAAGAUUUCGGUGCCGCCUUACACUUGAUGAGAUCUGACCUCGAGCAUCUACGCUCCGUAUUCAUGGCUGUAGAAAAUGGCGACCUUGGCAUGUUGAAAUCCCUCGGUAUCAAGGACAGCGAGCUCGGGGACGUCAAAUUCUUCCUCGAGAAACUUGUGAACACCGGCUUCCUAGACUGAGUGGCACCGGAGUCAGCCUCUGACUACUAUCACGUCGUCCAAUACGGUCCCAUCAGCUCAUCUUUCUACAGCUACCUUCCCUAUGAAUCUAUGAAGUAUAAGAGAAAUUAAAUUUCCUCGCGCACUCAUUCCAUCCGGUUACGAUUUCUCACCGGCCACAGACUCGAGCCGAAUGGAAUGAUUCCAUGAUACUUUUUUUAAUUUUCGCGCCAAUUUCCUCUUUUUUUUGUCCAUGACUACUUAACUAUGUAAGCUGAAGCGCUUUUUAUAUAUUUUUAUUAAAACGUACAGGCAACUUCUCGCGUCGUAAUCAUGAAAAUGUGCCAAUCGUGUAUGUUGGGGAAAAUGUAAAAAGAGAUAAAUAGCAAGCUUUCGAAUAACAGUGAAAUGUAAUUUAUAGGGAAGGAAUUUCGGACACAUUUUCGCACAUAUUCAUGAUCCUGUACAUACUUAUAAAUUAAAUUGUAAUAUGUUAACGUCGCCCUAAACAUCUUUCUAAACCUUCGUGCAAAGCCAAUGUCAGAGGCGACUCCAUAAUAUGUAAGAUGUCCAUUCUAAGCGAGAUAUAAAGCUAAUAAUGGUUUCGUUUAAAAAUUAUGUUUCAGUUGAAAAAAAAAUCUUUAAAAAAGUAUAGAAUGCAUGCGCUUUAUAUCUGGCUUUUGAAAAUCCAGAGUAGGACCAUUUACAACAUAUCAUUGUAAUUUAGAUGUAGUUUAUAUAAUAGAUAAUCUGUAGCGAAUACUAAUGAAAUAUAUAGAAUAUUUGUAGGUAUUGUAGGUCAUUAUUUGUGCCCUUAUCGAAACGAUACAUAUCAUUGAGCGGUGCUCAAAAUCGAUUACAUAUCAAAAUGUGAUUUCGUAAAAUAUAUAUAUCAAACGUUAUAGCAUAGUGUCUACAUUUCUUAUUCUAUAAUCUAUGGUAUUUUUGAAAUGCGGGCUAGUAGACAACGAAUAAAUAAGUGGCGAAGAUCUAGGUAAGGUUGGUUAACAAUUAACAUCAAUUGUAUCUUGGUAAAGGCUGGGUUUAUGUACCAAUGGAUGCAAUUCAUAAAUCCAUUAGAAAUCAUUGCACAAUGAAAAAUAAUAUGGAUUUUGUGUUCAUACAAUGUCUCAAUUAUACACACUACGAGUAAUACUAUACUGAUUAUACAAUAUAAUUGGUACCCACACAAUUAAUAUUCUUCUUUUGGGUGAGGUUGAUUAUAUGACACAUUGAGUAAGUACCACUAUAGCGAAUCUAUGACUUAUAAAAACUUAUACCUUUAUUAACCUAUCAUUAUAAUAAUUAUCUAGACCUAAGCUAUUCUUCAAUUAAUAUAGUAAAAUACUUAAGAAUAUUUUAACUUACGUCAGAUGAUUAUAAUUGAUAGAAACCUAUCUACGAUAUUCUUAUAAUAUGUGUUUUGAUUCUAUGUAUAUGGCUUAUGUAUUCUUAAAUACAAUAAAUAAAUUAUCUUGCA